AUGAGUCGCUUUCGCAUCCGCAGCAGAGCAGGCUCGCUCCUCAAUUCUGGCGUCGAUUAUCUUGCCACCCGUGACUGGCAGGCCGUUGCUGGCUCUGCCCGAGCAAGACUCCAACUCCCCUCCGCCGCAGCCCCAUCCUCAUCCACGCAGCACACCGCCGCCAAAUCGGCCAACUUUUCCUCUUCCUCUUCGCUCCCUCGAAUCAGAGAUAUGUCCGGUCGCGCUGGUGUCGAGAAUGUCGUUCUCCUUCCAGGUUGGGCUCAACGCAGAGUGGCACGCGAUCGUCAUCCUCAAGGCUGGGCCACAAUCGACGCUCCCGAGGAUCUCCAAGACGGCGAGGUCGAACUACACGUCUCGCUCCAUGGCUUUGUCGCAAAAUCCCUCGACGCUCCCAGUAGAAGUCAGCGCAUCUUCAAUCAAAUGGCGCGCCAACUUGCCGGUCUUCCCAAGAUACGGCCCCAACCAGCCGGCUCCUCGAUCCUAGAUUCCUCUCCCAACGCCACCUUUGUCGACGAGCCGCAGCAGAUAGAUAACGAUGAUCCUCCAGCUUCCCAACCAGAUCAGCACCACAAUGAGCAUCUCACCGAAAGGAUCGCACGCAAAGUCAUCGAAAACGCCGACGAUCAAACCCUCGUCCGUCUCAUGGAGGAUCUCCACGCGUUUCCCACAGAUUCUGCCGCCGCCAAGGAAGCCGCAAGGGACGACCAACACACUCCCUCCACACCCAGCCGAUCUAGCACCUUUGAUCAGCCCCCAAAGAGGACCGACACCAUGCUUUCCGGCGGCUCAGCUCAAUGGCUCUCCAGAAGCCUUGAUGAAGUCACCCUCUUUCAUCAAAACCUCUCUCGUCGAUUGCAAGCCUACUGGGUCUACAGGUCCCCUCACAAAGACGUCCACAUCGAUGUCGCGCCCGUCAUCAAUGGCGCCGUCGCUCGCGAUCAAAAAGGAAGCCGCCUCACCCUCGCUUCCACCCGUCUCACCACCGAUUCAACCGGUCAAUUUGAACAUCGUCUCGUAGUUCCAUGGCACAUGCUCUCCGCUUUCUGUCGCCACUUUGCCGACCUGCUUCAAGCAACGCCCGAUGAGAUCGAAGCGCUCGAAGUGAGAGCAAAGCUGCUCGACUCCUUCGCCGAAGGCUCAACUCAAGCCGCAUCCGAAAGUCCUUGGCGACGCUGCCCAAUUCACGAGGACCAUUCUCGCCGAGUGAGGGUCAUAUCCGACAUUGACGAUACCAUCAAACACACCGGUGUCGUCCAGGGCGCAAAGCAAAUCUUGCGAAACGUGUUUGUGCUUCCCUAUCAGGAAGCCGAAGUAAAGGGCAUCUCAUCCUGGUAUCAUGCCAUGACCGACCUUGGCGCUGGCCUUCAUUAUGUCACCAACGCCCCUCUGGAGCUUCAUAGUCUCGUUGUCGACUUUCUCGAGACGGUCCGACUUCCCGUCAGCCACCUCGUGCUCAAGCACUACCCUAGUGGUGCUCGCAGCCUGCUCUCCAGCUGGCUCGAACCUGCAGGUGAACGCAAGCGUGCCAAUGUCGUCAAGAUCCUCGACGACUUUCGCAGCUCGCAGUUCAUCCUCAUCGGCGAUAGUGGCGAGCUCGAUCUCGAACUCUACUGCGCUUUGGCAGCGGAGCGUCCAGACCAAGUCCGUGGCGUCUUCAUCCGCGACGUCAGCAGUCCUGCUUCCCUUCAGGCAGAGUCGUCUGCCUUUUCCGCCGCUAAAGCCGCCGAUGGAGCUGCGGCUGUCCAUGCUUCCACAUUGGAGGAUGCCAUUCCGAAACCUCCUCGAAGUGCCGUCACUCAGCCAGCCUCGGCGCGCCACGCUAAUGUGGCAAAGCCCGCCUUCUUCGAUACUUCCUACCCACCCCGAGCCCCAACAGCACUCGACUUGCCGGCCAAUCGAUAUGCAGAUGCAGCCACCGGCGUCGCUCGAUCCAAUCACACCCUUUCCGAGCAGGAAGUCAGGCAAGCGCAGGCAUUCCAGACUCGUCUCAACAGAGCUACCAGCAUGCUUCCGCGCUCCACCGUCUUCAAGCUUUUCAGGGUAGGCGGCGACGUCGAGGAGCAGGCUUGCCAACUCGUGCGUCGCGUGCAGGAAAACACGACGACUUCCAGCGCGGGGAGUCCACGGCUCAGUGCGGAUGAUGUCCGCAGAGAUGCCGCACUUCACCUUGGCGUGCCAAAGCUGGGAACGCACGUCAUGGAACAACUCAACGCAUUCAGACGCACCCGCACAUUUCACCUGUCUGUCAUCUUUUAG